ACGCGGUGUCUGCCAUUUCGCUCGCACUCUCACGUUGGUCGUUUUCGUAGUCGUUGUCGUCGUCGUCGAAAAACCAACGACUUGAUGGAAAUUUUGUGCACAUCGCGCUGCUAUUAAACCGAACAAUUAUUUAAUUCUAAAUAGUGCACAAGAAACAACAUAAUUUGUCGAUUCAUUUGCAAAAAAGUGCUCCAAAAUCACAACACUCAAAGUGCCCGAAAAACGCCUUUGAAAAACCCGCAUUGAAACCAUUUUGUGUGUGUGACAAGAAAAAAUGCGCUGCUGCUUGUGCUGGAAACAAAAAAUGCGCUCGCCAUUUUGACUCGCGCGACAACCAAAUUUUUACUAGCUGCUAUCAAAAUAAUCAUUUUGAACUGUGCCACAGGGUAGCCACUGACGCCCAAAUAUAAGAACAUCUGUGAACUGUUGUGUAAAGAAUAUUAAAUACACGUGGUACAAUUGUGCACCCAAAAAAAUACAGAGAUCAUCGCGGGCCGCGCCACACAAAUACACAUUCACUUGCAUACACUGAGGGAGGCAUUCAUACACACGUUGCGACUACGUGCUUCUGUUCUGCUCUGUUGGUAUUGAUAUCUUUUGGCGGCGUGUUGGUGAACGGUUAUCCCCUCCCAAAAAGAAGUGCAAAUUCAAAAUAGCCGCUGUCGCCGCAGUUACCAGCGAAAUCAAUUCAGCAGUUAAGGGUGCUGGGCACCAAACAACAGGCGAAUCGACGUCACUACACCUGUCCUCUGCCUACACCUGAAAAUGGCGCAUACCUCGGCGACAAAUCAAACGAGCGGCGCGGUAAAGACUGAUGAAGUCAACUUUUUCUUUCAGGAUGAGCACGGACAAAUUGCCAAAGUGUUGAAGCCUGUUGUAGUGAAGCCAUCACACUCAAUCGAUAAGUCGAGUCUGGUCUUUCCAAGCAGCUCAACACGCAACGGAGGAAGCGGAAGUGGCGGCAUCGGCAAUGUAGGCCGAGUGGGCGCCUUGAGUCAAAUGAGCACAACGAAUCAGGGACAAUUUAUACGUCUUCAAGACAAUUGUAUAACUAUUCCAAAAACCGAAAAUACUUCAUAUACACCUGUGUCAGCGCAAAAAGCCAGCAGUGCUGGGGGUGUGGGAGGCGGCAUACACGAGGUAAUAAAGAAUGAGCGAUACGUCAAAUAUACGACAAAUAACGCCAUGAAAAUGAAAUCGAAAUUGCACGUCAUUCAGAGCAGUCCCUUGCACACAGUGUCCGCCUCUUCCUCAUCAGCGCAAAGGAAACGAAAGCCAGAUAAAGCCGGCAAGGGACUGCGUCACUUCUCCAUGAAGGUGUGCGAGAAGGUGCAGGAGAAGGGCAAGACGACAUACAAUGAGGUGGCUGACGAUUUGGUUGCUGAAGAAAUGAAGAACAAUUCAUAUGAUAAUAACUGUGAUCAAAAGAAUAUCCGGCGUCGUGUCUACGAUGCGCUUAACGUACUGAUGGCAAUCAAUGUUAUUUCUAAGGAUAAAAAAGAAAUUCGUUGGAUUGGCUUACCUGCCAACUCAGCCGAGCAAUUUAAUGCCUUGGAAGAGCAAAACUUAUUGUGCCGUGAACGGAUCAAGCAGAAGAGUCAAAUGUUGCGUGAAAUGGUUAUGCAACAUGUGGCAUUCAAAGGUCUUGUCGAGCGCAAUAAGCGUGCAGAAAGCCAGGGCGUGGUGCCAUCUCCAAACUCAUCCAUUCAACUGCCGUUCAUCAUUGUGAAUACGCACAAAUCGACAAAAAUCAAUUGCAGUGUCAGCAACGACAAAUCGGAAUACAUUUUCAAGUUCGAUAACACAUUCGAAAUGCAUGAUGACAUUGAGGUCUUGAAGCGUAUGGGCCUCCUGGCGGGUUUGGAUAAGGGUGAAUGCACGGGGGAGAAUAUAGAACGUGUCAAGGCAUGGGUCCCACCAAAUCUGGCCAAAUAUGUGGAAGCUUACGGCAGCGGCAAAACGGGAGAUCCGAUGUACGAUUCGGAUGACCAAGACAACGACUUCAAUCCGUACCUCGAAUCAACCAAUGAGUCUCAAGGCUUCGCACAGCACACACAGCAUACCACCGAUGUCGAGUUCAAGGAGGAGCUAGACGAUGAUGAGCUGGAGGAUGACAUCGAUUGAGCUGACGACGAUGCGGACGUAGAAGUGGCGUGGGCGAUGGGGUCCACUGCGGAUGCUGACGAUAUUAGCAACGGCUACGCAGAGGAUACAUUUAGUUUUACGUUUAUUAACGCUUUGUUAGGACUGCCACGCCCCACUGGCUAGGCGCUCCAUUUCUCACAUGUCUUUCUUUGCAUACACACAUACACACACACAACCCACACAGAAGCGUUAAACAGCUUUGAUUUCGUUUAUUUCUCAAUGAGACUUAUUAAACUAUAAAUAAGUUAAAAAUCAAUUCAACAUUUAAUAAUGAUAAACAUAACUUGGCGUUCAGUUUGUAUUUGUAUUUUUGAAUUUUAUUUUUAAGCGCAAAACUUUUAAAUUAAUGUUCUACUUAA